AUUUUCAUCAAUUAAAAGUUCUUAAACAAAUAUCAUACUUUUCUUAAUUAAUAAGAAAGAAAAAAAGUGGAUGAUAAAAUAAGAAUUUGAAUCAUAAAAAAAAAGAUUUAUCAAUUAAUUCGUCAAUAAUUAUUAAAUGCGUUAUAAUAGAACUUGGCAACACUGUUACGAAAUGAAAUAAUUCAGUGCAUUUCAUAGUCAUAUGUUUUCUGUCAUGAAAGAGUUGCUGUCAAAUUUAGUGUCAUUCGUGAAUAUUCUGUAAGUGGCAAGAUAAAGAUUGUCAAAAACACUUCUUCAAUAUACGAUAUUCUUCAUAUAUAUCUGCAUCUGCGUUAUCAAGAAUAAAGGCAACGUAACCUAUCUUUUAACUCGCAUUCAAAUUCUCUUUUUAUUAAUUUAUCACAAACGAUAAUACUUUAAACGUCAUAUUCUAAGAGUAAAACACAUUUUACAACUUGGAAAGUCAACGUUUCAAGUUGUCACGUGAAACACGCAAUUUUUAUAUGAUAUUUCAGUAUAAAAUAAACAAAAGUAUUACACUUUCCCAGAAUCAACAUAAAAGAGUUUUAUAAAAAAAUUGUUGUAUAAAAAAUACAUUUUAAAAUAUAACAAAGGAUUAAUAAAUAAAGAAUUACAAAGUAUUUACAAAGUAUUUCUAAUAUAAUAUGAAUAGGAUAACUAAUAGUGCAACAGCAAGACUGAAACAAGAUUAUUUGCGUCUUAAAAAAGACCCUAUACCAUAUGUUGUUGCAGAGCCAGUUCCUUCUAAUAUAUUAGAAUGGCAUUAUGUAGUAAAAGGCCCAGAGAAAACUCCCUAUGAAGGAGGAUUUUAUCAUGGGAAGCUUAUAUUUCCAGUAGAAUUUCCAUUUCAACCUCCUAGCAUUUAUAUGACUACUCCUAAUGGCAGAUUUAAAGUCAAUACAAGAUUAUGUUUAUCUAUUUCUGAUUUUCAUCCUGAUACAUGGAAUCCAGCAUGGAGUGUCUCUACUAUUCUUACAGGAUUACUUAGUUUCAUGAUUGAAAAUAGUCCUACCAUGGGUAGUAUCAACACAUCAGAUUAUGAAAAGAAACAAUUUGCUGCACAAAGUUUGGAAUAUAAUUUAAAGGACAAAUUGUUUUGUGAACUUUUUCCAGAAACUGUUGAGACAAUAAAGGCAGAAUUAGAACAUAGAAAAGAAUUAGAAAAACAAGCAAGGCAUCAAUCCACAGCUUCAGAAGUUUCUUCACUAUUACGUGAUCAAUUGCAAAGGGAUCAAAGUCCAUUGUAUAAUGUACUCACCAAUCUUGUUGUCAUCAUAGGAUUCGCGGCCUUUGCUUUUACAGUAAAAUACGUAUUGUGGAGCGUUGCCACAGAAUAAGUAAAAAAAAAUGAAUAUAUAGGAUUUGUUCUUUGUUUUUUAUGUAUAGGGAGAAAAGUGAAAGAAAGUUGUGAUAAUGAUGCGUGCAGAUCUUGAAAAAAAGUAUUAAAAAUUCAAUUGGGACUUUAUCCAUAAUUGUCGAAUUAACAUGAAGAAUCUAUUUAACCUUCUGGUUUUUAAAUACGCUGAUAUAUUAUAGGCGUUUGAUAGACUUUUAUAUCAAAGUUACUUGUAAAAUACAAGUUGUACUAUAUUUGCAAAUUUUAAACAUGAUAAUCGUGAAACAAUGGUAAUAAUUCCUUAAAGAAUUCUACAUAAGAGUAUUUAUCAUUAAAAAUAAACUAUGAAUAAGUUUUUAUGCAAUUAUAAAAAAAAAUCAAAAGAUUGAUUUAAAUCAAUGUAAAUUUCGGAUUCAAAUUAUUGGCUUCAGGUUCUGUUACGCGAAUUUCCAAAGUAUAGUUCAACUAUCUGAAUUUUAAUAUUUAGCUAUUAUUUGAUGAAUUAUAAUAAAGGAAGAGAGAAAGAGUAUAUGUGUAUAUGCGUGCGUAUAUGUGUGGAUGAAUGGAGAAAGAGGAAGGAAGAGAAUGAAAGAAAUAGAAUGAUAAAUUAAAAUCGUAGGGGCUUCCCAACACAACUAUAAAAUCAAUGAAAAUUAAAAUUUUGCUACAGUCUUCAAUAUAAUUUUUAAUUUCUAAUUCCUUUAUAUCUAUAAUAUAUUAUAUCAUAAAAACUUCCCAAAUCUGUCUAAAGAAGUUAUAAUGCCUCUGCGAUGUGCCAAUAAGAAACUAAGUCAAAAUUUUUAACUGAAUCGAACUAAGCUUAAUAGAGAAUAGCUUAUGUUAUCGGCGAAAUAUGUCGAUCUUGUAAAUAUAUGUAGUAGAUAGUAAGACAUAUGUAAUAUCAAAGAUAAAAAAAACUUAUCAAAAGAAACUUAGCAAAAGAAAGAAAUUGAACAGAUCAGCAUCAGUAUUUGUCACUUAAUUGAAUCAUUUGAAAAAUAAUACUAGAAAAUAUGCUGGAAAUUUGUCAGCUUUUUGAAUAUAUAUACAUAUUGCUAUGUUAGCUCGCUCGAAGAAGUUUCGUUCGAAUCGGUUAUUAUUGCUUUGUUGAACGUAAUCUUUUUUCUGCCAUUUGCUACAGCGGUAAAAAAAAAGAUUUUAUGUAUUUGUAAGAUUGACGUCAGACAUUAAUAUGGUUAUUAUAUGUAUCAAAUGAUUAACAAUUUACAAUAACGAACAAUACUAAAAAAA